UAAGAAAAAGAGUCCAAAGAGGUGGGUUGGGUUUUAAAAGGGUCAGUUCAUGAGCGCGCGACCGUUCAUUCUCUCACAUCCUCUGGUCCUUCAAUUUUGAAUGGAGACAGGAUCGUUGGUUUUUGGGGUUUUCAACUGUGUAGGGCAGAGAAGAGGGGUUCUGUGUUUGUGAAUUUUUUUUGGUUGGGGGGUUUUUGUAAUGGCGGAGAUCUGCUGUGGGGUUGUGAGCGAUGGGGAGACGUCCACUCAGUGCGAGCCGAGUUCGCGAGUGGCGAGGCGACGGAGAAUGGAGCUCCGGCGUUUCAAGUUCGUUGCCGGUGUGGCCCCUUCAGAGACCGAGAACGGGCAGAAGCGGCGGAAGCUGGAGGCGGCUUAUCCUUACGCCGAGGCCUGCUCGUGGAAGUGCGCCAACACCUUUGAAAACUGCGCUUCUGAAGUAGAGGGCAGUUGUUUGCAGUCGGAACAUGGAGGCUCCGACAAGGAGCAUCCUCAGACGAGUUUUCAGGCGGAUCUCCAGAUGGAGAAUGAGUAUCCGAAGUUCGGCAUAGCAUCGGUAUGUGGGAGGAGAAGAGACAUGGAAGACGCCGUCGCCGUGCACCCUUCCUUCCUCCGGCAACACCACCAAACCACGAAUGGCUCGCACUACUUCGGAGUUUAUGAUGGUCACGGCUGUUCGCAUGUAGCGAUGAACUGCAGAGAUCGAAUGCAUGAACUGGUGAGAGAAGAGCUAGAGAACAAGGACACGUGUACGGAGUCAGGUUGGAAGAAUGCGAUGGAGCGAAGCUUCAGUCGCAUGGACAAGGAAGUGAAUGCACGGAAUAUAGGAGCAUCAGGAGCCGUUUGCAGGUGCGAGCUUCAAACACCUGAGUGCGAUGCCGUAGGAUCCACAGCCGUAGUCGCAGUAGUCACACCGGAGAAGAUCGUCGUCGCCAACUGCGGCGACUCCCGCGCAGUUCUCUGCCGUAACGGCAAGGCGAUCCCUCUCUCCUCCGAUCACAAGCCGGACCGCCCCGACGAACUUCAGAGGAUCCAGUCGGCCGGCGGGCGUGUCAUAUUCUGGGACGGACCUAGGGUUCUGGGAGUCCUCGCCAUGUCAAGAGCCAUAGGCGAUAACUACUUAAAGCCCUUCGUGAGCUGCGAGCCGGAGGUGACGAUCACGGAACGAUCGGCGGAGGACGAGUGUCUGAUACUGGCGAGCGACGGUCUGUGGGACGUGGUGUCGAACGAGACAGCGUGCGGCGUGGCGCGAAUGUGCCUGAAGGGGAAGGUACCGGAGGGUGUGGAAGGGGCGGAGAAUGAGGGGGAAGGGGAGGCUUGGGACAAGGCGUGCUCCGACGCCUCCAUGCUGCUGACAAAGCUGGCCUUGGCUAGGCACACCGCGGACAACGUGAGCGUGGUGGUGGUGGAUCUUAGGAAGGACACGUAGACACCCAUUCCUUUUUUUUUCUUUUUUCUUUUUUCCUUUUUGGGUAAAUGAUGUUUGGGUCCUUUUUUUUUUUUUUUUUAAUUUUUGUCCUGUAAGGACGGUGAUGGAGUCCUUGUUUUGAGGGGAAAUGAAAAAGCGGAAACUGAAAUGGGAAAUGGGAAUACAAACACACAAAAUGCAGCCCAGCCUUUUUCAUGCUGGUUUUUUCAUCAUA